AUGUUCGGUGACCGCAUGGUGAUUGCUAAUGCUACCGGUUGCUCCAGUAUCUGGGGUGCUCCUUACGGUCCCACUCCUUUCACUACGAGAUACGAUGGGACUGGUCCCGCCUGGGCAAACAGUCUUUUCGAAGACGCUGCAGAAUAUGGUAUGGGUAUGGCUGUGACCACCUCUGUCCGUCGUAAGGCGCUCAAGGCUCGUGUACAGGAACUUCUUCUCGAAGGAAAGGAUAGUCCGCUCUCGCCUGAGUUGUACACUCAGUUGAACGAGUGGGUUGAGAACUUCAGGAAUCCUUCUGUGUGCGCCGCUCUUUCCAAGUCUCUCCCGCCUCUUCUCAAGGCUGAGGCCAGUAAGGAUCCUGCUAUUCAGGAGAUUCUUGAUGUGUCCGAUUUGAUUCCUAAGAUCUCUAACUGGAUCAUCGGUGGUGAUGGUUGGGGUUAUGAUAUCGGUUACGGUGGACUCGAUCACGUCAUUGCUUCCGGCCAGGACUUGAACGUUUUGGUUUUGGAUACUGAGUGCUACGCUAACACUGGUGGUCAGAAGUCCAAGGCUACUCCCAUCGGUGCUGUUGCCAAGUUCGCGACCAAGGGUCACGAAGUCGAGAAGAAGAAUUUGGCUGAAAUGGCUAUGGAUUAUGGUACUGUGUACGUUGCCAGUGUUUCAAUGGGUGCCAAUUACGAUCAGACUUUGAAGGCUUUCUCCGAGGCCGAGGAUUAUGAUGGU